AUGGCAUCUGAAAUACCAAGCACUAGCAUGGCUUUGCAUGGCUUUACUCCUGUACGGCGACGAGAUUCGACAGUCAACACGAGGCAGUUUCACAGAGACCAAGAGAAGGAAUGGACAGCAGCGAGGUGCCAUCGCCUACUACGGGCUUUGACGUCCAGAGUUGCAAUCUUGAAUAAGGACUUGUCACGGUUAUCCCAAGCUCGGCAGGCUCAGAGUCAAAACAAUGGCGAGGUACCCACGACCGCGAAAACCUUACGACGGAAUACUCAAGACAAGGAUGAUGGCGACUGGACCCGGGCGCGGAAGAAACUGAAGCGGACAUAUUCGAACCGAAAUAAACGAAAUGGUAUAGGUCAAGAAGGAGCAGUUCCCAAAACACCUCGUAUACCAGCCUCUUCGAAGGGCAGUAAGUCCAUUGUUCCGGGAGAGAUCUUAGUCCCCACCCCGAUACUUGCCCGAGCUAGGGGAGAACUUGAUGUAGACGACUAUCCUUCAAUGAUUGCAAAUGCCGGGCUUGAUGAUCAAGCAAUCAGAAGACCCAAGCGUUCAAAGUAUCAUCAUACAACAAAUGAAGGGGAGCCAAGUUUCCAGCUCUCUGGGACUCUGAGAGAAAUGCGACAAAAGACGAACGCUUCCCGGUAUACGAUUUAUGAAGGUAUCUACAAUGGCCUGGAGACUCUAUUGCGCUCGACGAUGAGAGAUGGGCCCGACACCAAGGCAAAGGGUGCCAGAUCACUUUUUUCAAUGUCCUUGAGAGCUGUUCCAAGUUAUAUCGCUGAAGAAGAGGCCCAUCUUGAGGAGACUGGAACCAAAUCCGCAAUUAAUACGCGGGAUAUAUCAACAGAAAUUUACGAUGAGUUGGAAUACUUCGGCACUUCCGAAUAUGGCUGGAAGCAACUUAAAGUUAUCGUCCGGUCGCAUGGAACAAAAGUACUCGGAGACGCAAUAACCGCAGGAUUAAUCGAUCUAGAAUUUUGUGGUGUGCUGAUUACACUCUGCAUACAUACUUUUGCUGCAGAAGAGGCCGAAGUGUUGCUUUCUUCCCUCCUAUCCUCUAGCAAAUAUUCAGCACCCAAAACUCUUUACGAUAUUGCGCCUCGUCCUUUUUCGAUGCUCUGGAAGUUUGUCGAGUACACUGGACGCUUCGCUUUCCAAUAUCAACAGCUGGCAAGCUUGAUUUCAAAGGGGUUUCUGCCUCUCGGAUGGCUGGCCACAAAGGAAUUUCGUCCCGUAUGGAUUGGGGUGAUGCAAAGGCUCUCCCCUGGUUCGGUGAACCCGGAUGCUCUGAUGUUUCUUGAGACCACGCUUCCUCUUCUUGCAAGGUCUGGUCAGUCGGGCAGUUCUUAUGAUACCUCCUCAUUUGCUAUUCUUAAGCCCACCUUUUCUAGCUUGAUCACAACACUACUAUCAAUUGUUCUCCUGAGCCGAGAAGCAACAGAAUCUCACACCGAUGAAAGAGCCGUGGUCUCUGACGCACCUUAUGAGCAUGUCACUACCUUACUACAGAGCUGCGUGAUACAGUACGAUUUGUCACCAGCUCCCAAUGAUUCCCAAGGCGUUCUGCUGUUUGCUGCAAAUCUAAUAGCCAGACAGCCGGUUGGUAAGUGUACGAACUCCGAGGACUGUCUCAUCAAGCUUCUUCAUAAUCAAACAUGGGAAGACGCAAACGCAGACGACUGUGAUCUUACUCCUGAUAGCUACAACGAUCUUGUGGCAUUCAUCUGUUCUGUAGCACGUUGUUGUGGCAGAGGCGCUUCAAGUGCAGGAUUCGAGUCUCUAAAAUAUCUACAUCUGACUCUGGAGGAUCUCAGCAUCGACAGCCCUGGAGUUGAUAUCUUUCAAGGAAUCAUUGUGGAUAGCGCCUUUGCAUUUGCACAGCAGUUGCCUGAACAAACUCAUCUAGACUAUGCGUCGACUUUGGACGUCAAGUUUUCAGAUAGGAAAGUCAAGCACGAAUUAACUCCAAUUUCAGAAGCAAACGAUGAUGCAAGACCUGGAUUUCGCUGGGAGGAAGGCAUUGGCGAGUGGGUGACGGCUACUCCCGCUGGAAACAACUCCAAACGAGAAAGCAUUGUCAGGUAUCCCCUGAAGGAAGACAAAUGUGAUUCUCCUUUUCGACCUUCACCUUGCACACGUCCAAACAAGACCAAGGAAGUUGCACCAGUGUCCAGGAAACGGAAUUUGCGCUCCUCGAAUGUGUCCGUUGAGCCAGCGGACAGCUCAGAUGUUCCAGAGUAUUCUGGUUCGGUUCUGGACGCAUUACAUGUUGAGAAGAAUGCGUCAGCGAGUGACGAUGAAUUGCAUACAAGUUUUUCCUGUAGAGAUGAUUCUUCCGAGUCUGGCUCUAUAUCUGUUGGCUUAGCAUCCGACGUGGAAAUGUCUUUCACGCAAACGUCACUUUCUUCAGGGGAGUCCUUAUCCGAAGAAGAGACUGAAUAUCAUCAUACACGUCGUUCUAUUGAUCGUGUUCCACGCUUAUAUAGAAAGGAUCUUCGAAACAGCCAGGACGGGCAGCUUUUCGAUGAAUCUUUCAGCUCCAUUGCAUCGUCAUCUACCUCAGACCAGAGUAGAGAUGUUAAUUCUCGACGACAAUACGUCGACAGAGCACCAAGAUUAGGACGACGAGCGCUUCGGUCCAAUCAGGCGUGGCAGCUGUUCGACGAAAGUGACGACGAACUCAGUUUCCUUUCCGUCUCAUCACAAAGUGAUCGAGUCUUAGGAGAUAUCACAAACACUGCAACUACCAAAAUUCGCUCUGUACGUAGAACAAAAGCUGCGACAAAAUCUAGAAAGCCCAUUACCAAUUGGACUACCCCUCUCAGCGAAGAUGAGCUGGGAAUAUGA